CUGAUGAUGUUAAUGAACAGUACUGAGAUAGUUGACGACAACAUGGUAGUCGAAGGAUAUGAGGAAAUUGCAGUGGAUGACGAUAUGAAUGAUAUGAGAGAAAUGGUUGCAAAUGAUGAAGAUGACAGUAUUCACUAUGAAGCCCAUGAUGGAAGCGAAUAUGGUGGAAUGCCAAUUGACCAAUAUCAAGAUAUUGUUAUGUUCAAAACAACGGACCAAGUUCCUGCAAGUGUCUCCUCUCGUCUUGAUCGUAGUGCGCCGAGUCAUUGGAGAGCUCGUUGUAAAUGUUUUUCAAUGGCGGACGAUAGGGAAACUCUUUUGUAUUACAAUCCCGAGAAGUCUGCGAAUACUAUUCCAAAAGUAGUAGUGAAGAAAGGAGAAGUUCAAAAAGUCCUUGAGAGAAUUCACGAACUUAUUGGUCAUCUUGGGCAGAAAAGAACGCAGAUGGUCGUGCUUCGGAAACUCUACUGGCGGUCGGUUCGACAAGAUGUUAAAACAUUUAUUGCCUCUUGUGAUUUUUGUACAGCAAAGAAAAUACAAGGCAGAAAAAUAACAAAAGCACCUGUGGAUAUUACCUCUGAGCAUUUUGAUAUUUCCGUGCUUGUUAGAGAUUCUUCCAGCGGAAAUGAUCGAUUUGAGUUUCAAUUGGUGGGAUACAAUGAGGAUGAAGUUCGCGAAGCAUCAUUUACAAGGAUGACAUCAUAUACAUUCAAAGAAACUGAGCAUGCAUUCAGAAGCAGAUACAGUAACCAUCAGCAGACUGGGCCGCCAACGUUCCGUCGACAACCAUAUGUGAAGAAACACAAAAAUCAAUCAGUUGGAUAUCUUCUUCCAUUUCACCAAAGAUCUCGUGCCACAGAACCCGAGUUUAUCGAAGUUUUUGGGCGCGACAUGUUCACUCAUCAUCCUGAUAUGAUGUAUGAAACAGUUCCAGAAAUGGACGAUGGAAUGAUGAGAUCAAGAGAAGAAGUUAAAAGAAAAGAUGAAGAACUGCCCAAUGCACAUCCAGUAACUGUUGGCGGAGCAGUACUGAACUCGAAUAAUUUCAAAACGGAAGAUGAGGGAAAUCUUGCUGUCUCUUCUCGUUCUCAAGAAUCGACGUCUUCAGCAUCACCACAAAAAAUGAACCAUGAACAGCAAAGAUAUAGUCAAAAACGUCAUUUGGAGAUGAGAACUGGAAGAACGACGAGAGAUAUGAGAGAUUAUGAGUCAUCUGGACGACAAUUAUCACCAACUCCAACGACUACAGCUGGACUUUUGAAAAAGAGAAGGCGAGAGUUGCCAAGUAUUCGAGGAAUGGCAAAUCGUUUCAGUCUGGCAAUCGGCGACUCGGAUAGAAUAGAUAACACCGAAGUAAAUCGCUCAAAUCCACAUCUGAUCGAGUACCCUGAUCCUUCGUCUAUUCUUCGUGGUGAUAAUGCAGGAUUGCCUCCCGUUAUUAUGGCGCCAUCCACCAAUGAUGAAGUAUGCAAACUGCAGAUCGAGGCACUCCAACGUCAUAUUCAUCUACAAAAAAUGCAAGAAAAACUACUCCAUGAACAGUAUGAAGCUUCCAUGCGAAUUCCAAUCACCCGAUACAUCGAACAAGAAGAGGAAGUUCAGGAAGAACAACUCGAAGUUGAGCAUCAUCAUGUCAUGGAAAAUCAUCACCAAGUGUACGAGGAAGUAGAGGAAGAAGUGGUUCCGCAAAAUCCCCGUCGGCACAUUCGUCACCAGUAGAAGCUUACAUGUUUCUUUAUUGUUUGACAAUAUCUUAAUAACUAAACUCACAUACGAUCUUUUUCCUUAAUUAUAUCUGAAAUUUUGUGACAGUUUUGUAAUGAAUCCUAAAAAGAUUAAA